GUCCCAUAAUUGCCUGAGAGUGUCUGACGUACUGUAUCGGAUCAGAAGCGCCUGCCCCUACCAGUUGCGAUCCGCUCGUGUGACGUUUCGCAGUCCAUAGACUUUUUGCAUUCGUGGAUUCUCUGUGUCGUUCGUGUGUGGCUCCUGUAACUCCUCCUCCUCCUCCUCCUUAGUUCUAGGAGGUCCUUCUAGGAAAUCCUAAUUUACAAGUGAUGUGUCCCAACACCACUUACGUCGUCGGCAGCCGCGUCAUAUUGCUUCCAAGAUGUCCGUUUUUCAAAUGGAAGUUGCAAGGAGGCAUGAGUGCCAAGGAUGUGUGUCAGCUUGCUGGCCUCUUUGUCAUGUUCAUCGGAGUUAUCAUCAUCAUCGUCGUCUGCUGGACAGCGGAGUAUGGUCGACGAGAUCCUGAGAUACCAUUUUGGAAGCAGGAAGUUAUAUAUCAAGUGUAUCCUGGCUCGCUGUACGAUUAUCACCCCAACGGUUUCGGUGAUUUAAAAGGUAUCACGUCCAAGGUUGAGUAUUUUAAAGAGCUUGGCGUUGGGGCGAUAUGGUUGAGCCCAGUGUAUACUUCUCCAAUGGCUGAUUAUGGAUACGACAUCGCCAACUUUACGGACAUCGACCCACUCUUCGGAACUAUGAAAGAAUUCGAAGAGUUGCUUGAGACCUGCCAUGUAGAAGGUUUGAAGGUUAUCAUGGAUUUUGUGCCAAACCACAGUAGCGAUGAACAUGAUUGGUUCAUCAGGUCUGUCAAAAAAGAAAACCCUUAUACGGACUAUUAUAUCUGGAGUGAUCCUGUUGGUUUCAAUGCAAGUGGAGACCCAUUGCCACCUAACAAUUGGCUGAGUGUGUUUCGAGGGUCUGCUUGGACGUGGUCAGAUGAACGUAAACAGUUCUAUUAUCAUCAGUUCUUGGAGAAGCAACCUGAUCUGAACUUCAGAUGUCCUGACGUACAAGAGGAAAUGCUGGGUGUUUUGAAAUUCUGGCUGGACAAAGGGGUUGAUGGUUUCCGUGUUGAUGCUCUGAAACACCUUUUUGAAGUUGAGGACAUACAUCAAGAUGAGCCAGUUGCUGAAGAUUCUGGUAUAGAUGACAAAAUGGAUUAUGGAUACUUAAAUCACACCCUUACUGUCAACCAACCUGAAACUUUUGGAGUGCUUAGGCAAUGGAGAGAGCUUCUUGAUCAUUAUCCUGAUAAGUUGUUGAUGGUUGAAGUAUAUGAAGGUCAGGAAAUUGAUAUGCUAAUGAAAUACUACGGCAAUGAAACUUCCCCACUAGCUGACUUUCCUUUCAAUUUCUUUAUGAUUGAGAAGCUACAAAAUCGUACAGAACUUAGUGGGCACUCUCUGAAAGCAGUUGUUGACUUGUGGUUAGAUAAUAUGCCAAGCGGUAAAUGGCCUAACUGGGUGCUUGGUAACCAUGAUAAUCGUCGAAUUGGAUCGAGGUUAGGGGAGGACAUGGUUGAUGCCUUUAAUAUGAUGGCGCUCUUACUCCCUGGGACUGCCAUUACCUACUAUGGAGAGGAGACUGGUAUGGAGGAUACUUGGAUAAGUUGGGAAGAUACAAAGGAUCCCCAAGGUUGUCGCUAUGGUCCUAAGUUUUACUCCGAGUACAGUCGUGACCCAGAAAGAACACCAAUGCAGUGGGCUAACACAACACUCGCAGGAUUUACUUCUGCCAAUCAUUCUUGGUUACCUAUAAAUGAAAACUAUAAAACAGUUAAUGUAGAAGCUCAGAAGAAGGUGAAAUUUAGUCAUCUCAAAGUCUAUCAAAGUCUUACACAUCUAAGGAAGGCAGAAGUUUUUCUGUCAGGAAGUCUUGCAUUUCCGGUCGUCACUAAAAACAUCUUUUCUUUUGUGAGGGUAGAGCAUGGAGAUGCCAAGUAUUUGAUUGUUAUCAACACUUCAGAAGAAGAAGUUAUUGUCAAUCUUCAUCGUGAUGCUAGUUUUGAUUUGCCAGAAACUGGGGUGGUAGUCCUGCGCUCAGUCACUGAUACUUCUGAGGAAACUUACCCUGGGUCUAAGGUUUCUUUGAAAAAUGUUAAAAUGGUUGGAGGAGAAGGUCUUGUCUUUUCUUUAAUUGUAGCACCUGCAGGAGGACAUUAAUAAAGAGGUGAUCAACCAGACCACUAUGAGAUAUCCUUGGUCCUUGUGACCACAAAUGAAAUGUCAAGAGGCUUUUGACCAACAAUACCCAAGACACCCUUGCUCUCCAAGACUUAAGAAGCUUCCAAGUUCAUGUAUGUUCCUGUUACUAAUACUUCCCUUAAGAAGAUGUUUUUCAACUUUGACAGCAUUGUGUCCAUUUGGUCAAUCUCUGACAAAGAUGACACCCAGGCAGCACAGGAAGAGGCAACCUUUUAUGAGGUCAUGGACUGGAUCUUUAAGAUCUUCAUCCUACAACAGCCUUGGAGAAUACUUCAGUGGAUAUGUGCAACAUUGUCCUUCUCCACAGAGGCAUUCCCAAAGCAAACUUCUAUAUCGUUUAUCCAGUCUCCAUUAUUGCAUCAGUGGUUGAAAAAGAUGUAACUGAGAAGUUCCUCAGGGAGUACCAUGCAUUCACCAAAAAGCAGGACUGGAUACCUGGCAGUAGUAGUAGUUAAGUCACUGGCAGUAGGUACCCGCAAAGGCCAAAAGGUGUUGUGGCCUUCAAUCCUGCUUGUGAGAAGGGUGAUGCACCUCAUGGCAAACUUUAAGGAGAAAAAUAAAACAGCUGCUGCACAAGAGUCAGCAACUGGGCUACUACAUCCAUUACAAGAUCAUAUGAACCCCUUCUUGAAUCAUCUAAAGAUGAAGCAAUAGAAGAAUGAGCAUGAGUAAAAUCUUUCUGAGAAGGUGCAACAAAAGGAGAUUUUGCAAUGGAAGAGGUAAAACAUGAAGGAAUGGAGGCAUCUGCUGCCACUGGAGGCGCAAAGCCUUCCCAAGAUGGAGCAACCGAUUUCCUCGUAUCUCUCUUCUUGCCAAAUUUCCUCCAUUGCUCUGGAGACCAAUUACCAAACUCUUAACGGGUUAUUUAAAUUACAAUCAUUAGAUCUGCAUCUGCUACUAGUGGUAUGUGGGUUAUUACCAACACCCAUGCAUCUUCUCUGAGGCCUGGAUUGCUUAGAUGAUUCAUGGGUUUGCAUUUUAAGGGAAUGCAAAGAACAGAUAGCACAAUAUAACAGGCUCAUACAAACAAAAAAAUGAGAAUGAAAAACCAGAAUGCCAAGGCAUAAAAUGGGCAGGAAGUACUAAAAAAGAAAAGAAAAGAAAAAAAAAAAACUUUAUCGAGGAAGACAACACUCAUGUCAGUUGGGUGAGAAUGGGCAUCCCCUCUCCCCAAUCUCCAUCUGGUUAUCAUACUUUAGUACAUGGCUGGUCCAGUGUAUGUGCAGAAAGGAUAUGUCAGUGAAGGAGAAAGUUAAAAACCAUGAACACGGGAAUCCUGGAAGGCUUGGACACAUGCAUUGACGGGGCCACAACUUCUUGGAGAGAUCCAUGGUUAUACUCAAGCACCCACAAACACUCAAAAACCCAAAAAUGUAGAAAGGAAUCAUGGGCUAAGCAAAAAACCGGCUUGGGAAGGAGGAGAGCAAAAGCGAACAUCCACUCUCCAAGGCAGUUGAUGAAAGACUAAAUGUGUCAUGAUGUUCAUGUGUGGUUGCUGACCACUCUCCACCUCAUCUAUGCCUGAGUUACCAGAUGCCACAGAUUCCAUGCAUUACAAUCUGUUUUUAACUGGUUUCCAGCUGGCACUAGAAGAUUUAUCCUAUUGUUAAGACCGAUGGUUUGUUCCGCAUAUGAAGCACAAACUCUGAACAAUUGGCAUUCAACUCGAACCAAUAAUCACCAAAACAGAAUAUUCCACAAGCACAGUAUUUUUGUGAAAAUGACAAUAACUGGAAAGUAAUUCUUAAAAACUUACACCAAAUAUAAUGACUUCUGAAGAAAUUAUGACAAUUAACUUGAAGAGUAAUUAAAGAAGAAAACUGAAGUCAUGAAGGGGUCCUGAUGCACAAAACUUGUUAAGAAUGAAUCCUUAUUCAUUUUAAUCAGCUUAGCCUUUUUCUAUGUAAACUGGAUGUUAAGACAAUUAUACCUGAAUGGCAUUCAUGAACAUAAAUCAUAUUUCCCUCUGAAGUAAAUAUCAUUGAGACAGGAAAUCCACUGCCUUUAUCUGGCCUAGGCUCCAUAGAAACAAGAAAUAGAAAAAAUGGAAACCAUAAGCAGAGUAAGAAUGCCAAAGUUAGUAUUAGAUAGAAAGUCAACGUACUAAGAAAUCUGUGGGUCACUGAGAAUUGUGUAGCCAAGUGGGUAUUACAAGGGCACCUUACCCUAAACUAAAUAUUGGUUGAAGUAGUACUUUUAGAAAGAGGCAGUGAAGAUGCCUUGUAGUAUAGAGAAGAGUUAAGGUGGGUCACUAGUUGAACACAAGGCCUUUGAUUCGGUCUCGGUGGGAAAAAAUGGCAAAGAAGUCCCCAAAAUAUGGACAAUUUUCCAUGUAGGGCUGGAAUUUAUCACUGUAAACCUUACUUGCUAUGAAGAUAUAAAUUAAUGCUUAAAACCCUGUCCACACAGUCAAGCUUUGCUCGACGAAUUUUAUGAAUUUUGUUCGAUGUGAUGUCAGAAGUGGAAGUCAGAACUUUUCCCGCUGUAUCUCCAUUUUAAGGUCACAAACUUGUGUGGAAUGGGCUUAAGGCUCCACUAAAAUUGGAACCAUUUAAACUGCAGCUUCUCUUGAAGCAAUAGGCAUUAAAUGCAGCUCACCAUAGUUCUGUUAUAGAUGUAUUUCAGCAGAUUAAUUUAGAAUGAUUCACUUUAUUUGUACCUUUUGCAUGUUUCCAGGCAGAAGUCAUUUGGUUUUAAAACUCCAUAAUUCUGAAUGCCAUCAAUCUGAUAGUUUUCAUGAAAGCUUAUCAAACAGUAAAUCUGUGUAAUUCAGGAUUCAUCAACCAUUAAGAAAUAAUUUUAUUAAUCUGUGAUGAGAAUGAUUUAUGUACACUUACAAGCAUUAACUUAGCCAAUUAAAUACGGCACAAAAUGAUAUAGCGGGGCUUAUUCUAAAAUGUAACAUGAAAAAUAUGUACAGUGCUCAUGCUAUUUUUAGCUUUAAAAAAAAAUUGGUUAUUCACAUAGUUGUGACUGACUGCUAAUUACGUAGUUUGAAAACAGAGUGCAAAUGCUUUUGAGUGAUGACAUGGAGUGACCAGUGUUAUAUUCUAUUGUAUUUAACUUGUAAUCUUUAAAUGAGCCAAUCUUGUCAUAAUAGAUAUUGGCACCAAAGACAAAUUUACUGGACAUAUUACAGCGUGGGGAGCCAUAGCGCUGAUGUACGAAUGGGAAGGAGGUAGAAAGGGACAAGGGACGGUGACGAUGAGCCCCACUCAGGCGAAACUGACUACGCAAGGAAGGCAGUACCCGGUCAUAACUCCGCUGAUGAGGAAAAAGAAGCAGAAGCAUAGGCAUUUAACAAUAAAACUUCAAGCAUUGGGAAUUAUACUAAUAGCAAAAAUGCAGAAGCAAUGUACACUAGUAGGAUUGCAGUUUUAUAUAGCAUGUACUAAAAGAUAUUGAAAGUAUUUCAUGAAAAGCAACCCCAACAGCCCUUGAAAAACUGAAGAAAGUAUUGUUAACUAUCCUUUUAAGAUGACGAUUGGUGUAUUUUCUAUCUUAAAAUUUAUAAGAUAUUAAUUGUACAGACAGACUUUGGUAACUGCUUCUUAAGAUAAAUGAAUAAGCACUGAUAAUAAAAAAAAUCCAUGUCCUUAAGCCUACAGAGAAAAUACGGCUAACAAAUUUGCUAAUAUACGUAAUUAUCAGCUUUUAUUUCAAAUGUAGAAAUUGUGCAGUAUUUUUUGGUGAGACACACUAGUCAAAUUAUGGAUAAAGAAACCAUGGAAACAACUUUCCUUUACCAAAUGUUGAAAAUGUAAUGUGUUUCAAUUGUGCACAAACCCUUUGUAUUGUUUUUCAACCCCAACACAUUACUCCUUUU